AUGUCUUCCGGUGUCCCGAGCUGGCUGCAGACGAACCUCUGGAAGCUACCUUAUCUUAUCGGAUGCCCGAAGAUUCUCCGCCUCAAUUCCGUUCCUCGCAUCAACACCUCCGAAAACCAACAACUUUAUCGU